AUGAAGGGCAUAUGGGGAGCUACAGUCGUCGCGAGCGCUUCACUAGCUCGGGCGAUCUCAACUACCUCACUCGCAGCAGCAUCAACUACGGUGGUGGCCACCACUGACUCGGCACCUUUAUUGUUCCACAAUGAAAAGGUGCAGUUGACUGAAGGUGUACUCUCUGAUGUGGCCGCGACUUUGCAGAAUAGCACUGUCGCUAACAUGUUCGCCUUUGCGAGCGACUCCUCGGUAGCCAAGAGGAGUGUCCAUAAUAGCUGUAAGGUAAUGCCCGGCGACUUCUUGUGGCCCGUGGAACUCAUUUGGGAUGUCUUCGAUCUCUUGCUCGGCGGUAGCCUGAUUAAAACGGUACCCCUGGGAUCCUACUGCUAUCCGGACUGGCCGCAGUACGAUGCUGCCAAGUGCGCAAGCAUCUCCGCUGACUGGCUUACCUCGGACCUGCACAUGGCCGACCCUGCAUCGAUAAUGCUGCCGCUGUACGAGGGCCGCUCGUGCCUACCAUCACCGUAUAACUAUACUGCCAGCUGCACGCAAGGCGCCUAUCCGACUUAUGCAGUGAAUGUAUCCACUGUGGCUCAGAUCCAGCUAGCGGUCAACUUUGCCCGUAACCUGAACUUGCGGCUAGUGGUCAAGAAUACCGGCCAUGAUUUCAAUGGUAAGGCAUCCGGCAAGGGUGCCCUCUCCAUUUGGACCCACUACCUCAAGGACAAGGAAUAUCUCCCGAACUUCAAGGCUGCUAAUGGCUAUGUCGGUCCGGCCAUUAAGUUCGGCUCGGGUAUUCAAGUCCACGAGGCUUAUGAGUUUGCUCAGACCCUCGGCCACUCGGUUGUCGGUGGAGAAGCCGUCACCGUCGGCUUGGGUGGUGGCUAUACUGCUGGUGGUGGUCACUCUCCCCUUUCCAGUAUGUAUGGUAUGGCGGCCGAUCAGGUCUUGGCCAUGCAAGUUGUUCUGGCAGAUGGCAGGUUCAUCACUGCUAGCUCCACUGAAAACUCGGAAGUUUUCUGGAUGCUUCGCGGUGGCGGUGGUAGCACUAUUGGAGUCGUCACCUCUUUGACAGUUAAAGCAUUACCUCAGCUGGAGACGACUACCGUGACCUUCAAUUUCACGGUCAGCGAUACUCCGGGUCCGGAUGCCUUCUGGGCUGCUGUUGGGUCCUACCUCGACAAUUUUGAGACCUUUGUUGAUGCUGGCACCUACGGUUACUUCUACAUCGGUGCUUCCGAAGCCAUGAUUGGUACGACAUAUGCUGGUGAUCCUGACUAUUACUUCCGUAUGGAAUCCUUCGUCGCACCCAACAUGACUGUUGCCCAGACUGAGGCAAUCCUGGCUCCAUGGUUUGAUACCCUCAAAAGCCUGAAUGUCUCUUACACCCCAUGGUACAAUCACGCAGAUAACUUCCAUGAUGCCUGGGUCGUGUCCUUCCCUCAGGAAUAUGUUGGAACUGAUGUCGUGAAGACUGCUUCUCGUCUGCUCCCCCGCAGUGUAUUCCAGAGCGAUGAUCUCCGCAAUCAAACCUGGGCCGCCUACAGGGAUGCUGUUAAUCAGGGCCUUUUCCUUGCUGGCUUCCACAUAAGCGGCACCGGCAUUGCCGUUGAGCCCCCCACAGACACUUCCGUGCUUCCCGCAUGGCGCGAUGCCCUGUCGCACGUUAUUGUUGGUACCGAAUGGAACUUCACUUCCCCCUGGGAUGUGGUGGAGAGCUCCACACUCUUCGUGACUGAGUGGAUGGACGUUCUACGUGAUAUCGCUCCAGACUCAGGGUCCUACAUGAGUGAGGGUGAUCUUAUCGAGCCAAACCUCCAGGAGGCCUUUUACGGCGUCAACUAUCCCCGUCUAUACGCGCUCAAGCAAAAGUAUGAUCCUACGGGUCUUUUCUUUGCCCUGACUGCUGUUGGUGCUGAGGAUUGGGAGGUUCAGACUGUUGACCCGCUGCCCUACUCUUGGAACAACAACGGGCGACUCUGCCCGAAGACUUCCUGA